AUGGAGAUUUCAUCAAAAGAAAAUACUCACUUUUUCUCAAACAACACAAUCCUGCCCGUGGACCGAUCUUCAUUCAAAUCCGAAUCAUCCUCAUCCAAGGAAAAGCAGUCGUGUUGUGGAGGUAUAAAGAUAUUUCUUGGUGCGUUGUCUUUUGUUUAUUUUGCUAAAGCACUGUCAGGAAGUUACCUAAAAAGCACUAUCACACAAAUAGAAAGAAGAUUUGACAUCCCUUCCUCUUUGGUUGGUGUUAUUGAUGGAAGUUUUGAAAUUGGGAACCUCCUAAUCAUAAUUCUAGUGAGCUACUUUGGAGCAAAGCUUCACAGGCCAAGAAUAAUUGGAGCAGGCUGCUUAAUUAUGUCAGCUGGAACAUUCCUAAUUGCAAUGCCCCAGUUCUUCAUGGGAAGAUACAGGUAUGAAAGAUUCCCUUCCACCAUCAAUUCGAGUGUCAGCCUCUCUCCAUGUCUGCAGGACAAAAACCAAACUCCACUCUCAGCCUUGGAGAAAUCUCCAGCAAAAAUAAAUGCAGGGUGUGAAAAGGAAGCAGGCUCUUCCAUGUGGAUCUAUGUUUUACUUGGAAACCUUCUGCGUGGCAUAGGUGAAACCCCUAUCCAGCCCCUGGGAAUUGCAUACAUUGAUGAUUAUGCUGUUGAAGAGAAUGCUGCCUUAUAUAUUGGCUGUGUGCAGACUGUGGCAAUCAUAGGGCCAAUAUUUGGCUUUCUCCUGGGAUCCCUGUGUGCCAAACUUUACGUUGACAUUGGCUUUGUGGAUCUGGACAGCGUCACGAUCAGCCCCAAGGACGUGCAGUGGGUGGGAGCGUGGUGGCUGGGCUACCUGAUAGCUGGGGUGAUCAGCAUCCUGGCUGGCAUCCCCUUCUGGUUCCUGCCCAGGCACCUCCCCAGGCCCGAGAGCAGGAAGGACUCCAGCAGCUCUUCUGAGCACUCCAAGUUCAUCAUUGAGGAGAACAAGGACCAAGGCACCUCCUCUUGGCAGCAAGCGAAGCUUGCAGAGAUGGCAAAAGACUUCUUGCCGUCACUGAAGAACCUCUUUGGGAAUCCAGUUUACAUUCUGUAUUUGUGUGCAAGUAUUAUUCAGUUCAAUUCUUUAAUUGGCAUGGUGACAUAUAAGCCAAAGUAUAUUGAGCAACAGUAUGGGCAGACAUCUUCAAAAACUAACUUUGUUAUAGGUCUUAUUAACAUUCCUGCUGUGGCCUUUGGCAUAUUCUCUGGAGGACUGAUCAUGAAGAGGUUCGGAGUCGGUGUUGUAGGGGCUGCAAAGCUUUCCCUGGGAUCAUCUUUCUUUGGUUACCUUUUGCUGCUCUCGUUGUUUGCCAUGGGCUGCGGGAACUCGGAGGUGGCCGGGCUGACCGUGUCCUACCACGGAGCUAAACCGAUGAGUGACCACGAGCAAGCCCUGUUUUCAGAGUGCAACUCGGGCUGCUCCUGCUCCAGGAACGACUGGGACCCCAUCUGUGGGGACAAUGGGGUUACCUACGUGUCCGCUUGCCUCGCCGGCUGCCGCGCGUCCAACGGCACCGGGAAAAACACCGUAUUUUUUAACUGCAGCUGCGUGAGAACCUUUGAAUCUUCACAAAGCUCCUCAGCUGUGGUGGGACCAUGUCAAAAAGGAAACGAGUGUCCCAAAAUGUUUCUGUAUUUUCUGGUAAUAUCAGUUAUCACUUCAUACACUUUGUCAGUAGGUGGCACACCUGGAUACAUACUGCUUCUAAGGUGCAUUAAACCCCACUUGAAAUCAUUUGCACUUGGUAUCUAUACCCUGGCAAUAAGAGUACUUGCGGGGAUUCCAGCCCCGGUGUAUUUUGGAGUAGCCAUAGACACCACUUGCCUGAAAUGGGGAAGCAAAAGAUGUGGGGGAAGAGGAGCGUGCAGACUCUAUGACUCCAGUGCUCUCAGGUAUGUGUACCUGGGGCUGACUUUGGUCUUGGGCAUGGUGUCCAUUUUCUUCAGUGUUGCUGUCCUUUGGGUUCUCCGAAAAAGGUCUUCUCCACAAGAUGAGACCCUCUCAGCCAACGGGGAGAGAGGCGCCUGUGGGACAAAGAGCAGAAAAGAUAAUUUUGUCCAUAGUGACCAGUUAAUUCAGUCAACUUACUGGCCAGAAAAGGAGACCAGACUUUAG